AUGAAGGCUCUUGCAGCUGGUAAUAAUAUAGGGGACAAUGUCCUUAAAACAUUAUUUUUAGAUCAACUGCCAGACAACAUACGCUCAAUUCUGGUUACAAGCAACGCAGAUUUACCAACUAUUGCACAACAGGCGGAUAAGAUAAUGAAUAUAGCAUAUCCUCAGGUAUCUGCAAUAUCACCUACAGACAACAUUAUUCAAGAAAUUUCAGCUAAAAUUGAAGCUUUGGAAAAGAAAAUUGAUUUAUCUUCCAGGAGAAGUAAUUUUCGUGAAGACAGUAACCAACGACGUCGCAGCAAAAGCCGUAAUAGACGAAGUGGUUGGUGUUGGUAUCAUAGUCGCUUUGAAGAUAGAGCCGAAAAAUGUAUACCACCAUGCUCUUAUAAUCAACAAUCAAAAAACUAG